AUGGAUAAUUCAGCAUUUGAAAUGCAUGAAAACGUCCUCCCCUCUUCCCCGUCCAGGGGGAAGAUGAACACUUCUUCUGGGCUGGAAAAGAAGAGCCAGUGGUCUUUAAUGAGAAUCUUCCUGGUUUGUCUCCUGGCCUGCAUUAUUACCACAUUCAUAGGUGUGCUGAUACUCUCCUUGGUUUAUGUUUCCACCUUCCGGCCGCAUGCAGAUAUUUACUUCCAGCCAAAAGCACCAGAGACUACCACUGACCCAAAGGGUGAAAAUCCUGUUGACUUUAAAUUCCAAUUUCUCAAUCAUUUGCAUAAAUCCAAGGUAUUUGAGUACCCGGGUGGUGCUAUCCAAUGGGCACGAUACCGGAAUAAUCUCAAGGACUAUCUCAGUAUUGAAGAAGAGGCCUUUGGCACCAGCCUGAACAGGCAGCAGUCACACAUGACUUUUGGAACCUUGAGAAUAAAAAGUAAUGGCCUCCGUGCCCCACAUUGGCACUUCAAUGCCAAUGAACAUGGCUACCUUGCACAGGGGACUGCCUGGAUUGGUGUAGUUGAUGAUGGAGGCAGUGUGGUCACCACAUACAAUGUUACUGCUGGUCAGGUGAUCUUCUUUCCUAAAAAUAUCCUGCACUGGAUAAAGAAUGUGGGGACUGAGGACUGCCUUUUCUUGCUCUUCUUCACAACUCAUGAUGAGCUUCAGACCCUGGAUGUGGAUGAUGUGUUUUUCUCUACACCAGAGGACAUUGCAUCCAGGUCCCUCAAGCCUGAAGGCGGAGUUAAUUUCAUUAGAACGUUCCAGAAACAAGAAGAGGAUCAGGCUGUCAAUCUCCCUCCCAAUUUGGCUGAGCUGGUUAUGAACGCCAGCUACAUACAGUCUCCAGACAGCUUGGUGUGGCGAUACUUUUAUGAUCUUAAAGGUUCAAAAGAAUUUCGAUUUCCGGGAGGAAUAAUCCAAUGGGCUCGGUAUCGAAAAAAUGGAAGUGAACUAAGUGACAACGAGAAAAUUUUCAGUGAAUCCUUGAAUCAGCAUGAACAUUCCCUUACUCUGGGAACUCUCAGAAUUUACACCAAUGGCUUAAGACAGCCUCAUUUUCAUUUUAAUGCUAAUGAAAUGGGAUAUGUCAUCAGUGGAUGUGGAAAGGUGGGAAUUAUUAGUACCCAAGGUACUACUGAUUUUAACAUUGGUAUUGGAGAUGUAGUAUUUUUCCCUAUUGGAACCCAGCAUUACAUCAAGAGCACGUGUGAUGAGGAUCUGCUUUUCAUUCUGGCCUUCACCACUGGAAACCAGCUACAAACCCUGGACCUGGAUGACUAUAUCCAUGCAACAGCUGAUCACAUUCUGGCCCAGCUUUUCUUCAAGAAGCAGAGUGAGUUUAAGAAGAUCCCAACAUUCACUGAGGAUCAAGGCAUCAAUUUGCCUUAG